GCAAUGGAAACAGAUGUCCUUGCAUUGCUUGAAGAGCUGAAGAAUGUGCAAAAAGCCAGCAUUUCGCACCCAAUAAACUUACCUCGAGAAGAUACUCGGGAAGAAAUUCUGAAAUUGAGGGAUUGGAUCAAUUCGCAAGAUAUUAAACCCCUCAGACCUCCGAGAAAGAGUCUGAAAGAAAGACGACAGCAGUUGAUGCCUGCUGGUUUUGACUGGCAUCAAGUCACCGGAUUCAACCCGAACAACCUCAGAAGUCGACAGCAUCGGGAACCGGAUCCAGUUCGAAAUCAAAGCGCAAUUCCUGAUGUUCAUAUAUCAACUGAGCGAGAUAGCAUCGAGGAAAAUGUUGAGAGAUCUCGCGACAGACUUGAAGAUCGUCGAAGAAGUGUUCAGUUUGGUGAUUCAAUUGAGGUUUCUGGGGCUACAAUAGGAGGCGGGCGGAGUUUACAGGACGAUUCUUUGUCGUCAACAGUAACUAUUCAAGGGAACGAUCCGCAUCUUUCGUCUACACUUGCCAGUCUUCUAAAUGAACAGAAGAGAAUGCAGGCCCAGCUACAACAGGAUAUGCGUCAUCAAGAGGAUCAGUUCAAGGAGCAGCUUUCUAAAAUAGCCGAGCAGCAGAGGAGGCUUAUCGAGAGAGACACACUGAAAGACAUCAUUCAACAACAGCAGCAAAUUCUGCUCUCGGCAUCCAAUGGUCUGAAUAUGGCUCCACAUCUACCUGCAAUGUCUCCAGCCCCAGGAAUGUUUUCUAUGCAGAACCCCAUGAUGACUCAGACGCCCAUGACUGCGUCAAUGGCCUCCCUUUCAUUUGGAGGACCUGGUACGGCUGCUUCUAUGCAUCCAAUGCAAAAUAUCCAGCCAUCAAGUAUCCCACGGCCUGGCGGAUUAAAUCUUUCCCCCCAGAUGUCUAUGAUGCCAUCAUUCAAUCCUCUCAGUAGUUUAAACGGGUUAGGGCUAGGAGCAAUGGGAAAUCUGGGAAACUUUCCGACAACAGCGUCUAUCUCAUCUCCUAGCGUGCCUCCGGCAAUGAUUGGAAUGCAGAUGCCCUCAGCUGCACUUUUCGGACAGGGGGCUUCUGGGAGUAGUUCUGGAAUGGGCAUGCGUUUUGCUAGUCCUGGAAUUCAAAUUGAUAAUACGCGUGUGUGUUCCACGUCGCAACCAAACUUGACCAAUGCAUUAAAGACUACUUCAGUGCAUAAUUCGGUUGCCUUGAAAACCGCUUCUUCUGCAUCACCAGUAGGGAAGACCACAAUCAUGCAACAACUGCAGUCCAUGCAACUGUCGGACUCCUCCGAUGAAGAUGGUUUGACUAGUGGGGGUGCUAAUAUGUCCAUGUACUCUACCAGCAAUAGUGUAUAUGGGAAUAAAUUGAAGCUGGAUUGGGAACCGGUGCUGACUGAUCCUCAGAAUGCAUGGAGAUGGAAGAUAGUAGUUGCGGUGAUGAAGGGUUGGAUGGUGCGUCGUCUGAUGCGUACUGAGAAGAUCCAGGCACUAGUCACCACAAUCCGAGACGCUAGAGACUUCCUGGCCGAUCUGCGCUACACUCAGGAGGAAUAUCCAGGCAUGACAGACGAAAAAGAUAACGAGUUGCAGCAUCGGAUCAUAUCUCAACUAAGAGCGGCCAUUUUUGAACUGCAUCGAGUUUUCUUUGAUACACCUUUAAGAGCUAAAUUGGAUCUCAUCUCGCAUUCCAGAAGACAUUACUUGAACAAAAGGUUGCAAGGGAAUCCAUCGGCCUUUCACGCAUCCCGAGACUCGCAUUCCAGCCUGUCAGCGGCGACUCUGAAGGCACGCGAAAGGAGGCUUCAUCCCUCGGGUUCUGUGGACAACGACACUUCGCGAUCAUCAACGAGAGAGAAAAGAGCCCCUAAGAGGGUAGACUGUGGACUGAGGGGAGGCUUUUUGCCCAAAAAGGAGCCCCAGCCUCCUGUGAAACUUGACCCGAGAAAGUUCUACAGUAAACAUGGUAGGAGUAGAACUAGAAGCACAGAGCGGAGCUAAGCAACCCGAGCAUCCGGAAGCCUCGUGAUGCAAGUUGUUUGUAAAAAUCAGGAUUUUGUAUUGAAAAUUACGUUGUUCACUGUUCGAUUUGUCAAAUGAGCUCCGAAAAACAGAAGACGAUCUGGAAUUAGGUGCAAUGAACUGAAUUUCUAUUCAAUUCGGCCGUGUGAUUUUUUUCCGACUAACCACACUGAAAAGAAUUG